AUGGGCAACACUUUCGAGCGUCCCACUGCCCCCGAACCUGAUGUUCCGUUGAAUCCGUUCUUGGCCGAGCGACUACACGAACAACUACGCCAACAACUAGACCAUGAGACUCAAACGAUAGCCAACGCAUUUCGAGAACGAAACCGUCAGCGAAGGCACCCGGAGCAUCGCGACAGGCCGCCUUGUAGAUUCUUCGCGCAGGCUUCGUGCUUCCGCGGCGCAGCCUGUCCCUUUUCUCACGAUAUCCCUGUGACCCGGACUCGACGACCAGACCAUCGUAAAAGAGAACCUUGUCGGUUCUAUGCCCAGGGUAUAUGCUCUUACGGCCAAACCUGUCGCUUUUCUCAUGAAGGACCCCGACCUCUUCAAGAGACAUGUCGCUUCUUUGCCAAAGGUUUCUGUAAGAGAGGAGCUACUUGCAGAUAUGCUCACGAUACGCCCAACGCCGAGUGGUUGGAGGAAUCCGAGCAUGGUCUCGUUUCUGAACAGUGGACGCGCGAGAUCGGAGGCGCCUGGGUCGAAUUUGGAGCUGGAGCGGCUGUUACCAAUGUCACUCUUCUCUCGGACUUUUCCGCUAUUCAAAUGCGCCAUCUGCCCUCCAAGUCGUCCGCACGGUCGGUGCAAGAGCUGUUGGCGGAUGUAGGCAUCUGCGUAUCCAUAAGCGACAUCAACUUCAUCAAACUUGUGAAGAAUCGGAACGGAAUGGCAAUCAUCAAGGUCAAAGAUCCGGAAUUCGCAAAGUCGGCCUGCUGGAAACUUGGCACCUGUAUUCGAGCGCCUGACUUGGAAGUCACCCAAAUUCCUGUCCCAUUACCAGACGGAUCAUCAUUUGGCCUCGUCGACAGCAGAAACGUCCGCUGUUCAUGGCAUAGGCCGACCAAAAAGGCCACUCUUUCGUUCAGGAACCCAGCAGAAGCAUUUGAUGCGUAUUCCAAGUUCAAGAACCAGCAACUCAAAAUCGCUGGCCUGCCAGUCACAACCCAAAUGCCCGCCGCAGUGGAUGCCACGCAAAACGAUGGGCCAUGGCAGAUGGAGCUGGAAGGUUUGGUGGCCACCAUUCCCUCAGAGGAUAUCAUGAAGAUUUUUCCCUCGUCUGCAGGACCGUAUGAGAUUGAGAUGGGUGACUCAAGUUACGAUACGGACGCGGAAAUUGAUUCGACUAUGAUAAAAUCCUUACUAUAUGACAUAGGCGCCUUGGAACAAUGGGAAGUGUUUGGGAGCCCCACGGCAAGACGAGUCAAGGCACAGGCACGAUUUAUCGAGGAAUCCGAAGCGCUUGAUGCUGUCUCACAGUUGAACGAGACGUGGUUGCCAUUCAACUCAUCGGGAAAACUCUACGUUCAGCACGUUCACCUGGUAAAGUUCAGGGUUUCGAGUCGCGUCUACGGCGUUGUUGAAAAUAGCAUUAAGACGCUGCGAAAAGAAUGGGAACGGCAAUUUGUUUCUUUUUCAUCGGUUCUUGAGCGCGGCCACAGAGUCCUGAAGCUCGAGAGCCAAGAUCGCGAACUUUUUAUCCAAGCAAAAGAGGCCCUGGAACAGAUCAUUCACGGAACCACAAUGACGUUGAACGGCAAGAAUCUAUGGUCUCCCGAUUUCAAGGCCGAUAGGGGAGCUUACAGGAAGCUUCAAGAGAUUGAACGAGACCUUGGAGUCGUUAUCAUCCGCGACAUCAAAUCCUCGAAAUUUCGAGUUUUCGGGCCGGAGGACAAGUUCGUACCAGCAUGCGAAGCACUUGACCAGCUUUUGCAAGAACUGCAGCCUCGAUCAAAAGGAAAAAACAGUGAGCCAUCAAGGACGGAAAGGACCGCCGAAGGCGACUGUUCAGUCUGUUUCUGCAAAGCCGACCAAGCACUCGCAACUUCUUGUGGCCAUGUCUACUGCACGAUCUGCUUCUUGAAUAUGUGUCUGGUAGAAGCAUCGACGAUCGGCGAUUUCUCCAUAAAAUGCAUUGGAGACGAAGGAAACUGUAAGAAGGCCAUUCCGCUAUAUGAGAUCCAAAAUCUGCUUCUUUCAGAGAUUUUCGAAAGUGUCUUUGAGGCUUCUUUUAUGUCUUUUAUGCGCCGACACCAAGACCAGUUGCGCUACUGUCCGACACCCGAAUGCACCCAGGUGUACCGCAUCGACCAGCCAGAAAUGAGCGUCCCGCCAAUCUUUACUUGCGCUAAAUGCAUGACGGCAACCUGUACGAGCUGCCAUGUCUCGCACCCGAGAAAGACAUGCGCACAAUACAAGGGCAACGAGUCUGGCGGCAUGGCAGAGCUUCUCAAAGCAAAGGAAGAGCUAGGGUUCAAAGACUGUCCGAAGUGCAACACACACCUACAGAAGGAUGAAGGCUGUAAUCAUAUUAAUUGCACGGCCUGUGGGACGCACAUUUGCUGGCUCUGCUUGAAGACCUUUACAGACGGGGAUGACUGUUAUUCUCAUAUGGGUAGGAUACACGGGGGAAUUGGCGACGAAGGUGACGACGACGACAUCGAGUUUUAG